AUGCGGGCGGCAAUCGGCCCACUUUAUUGUUCCCGCUUUAUAUCAUCUGUAGUACUAACACCCGGCCCACCUUCAUCUCCUCCACCUCGCCCUCACCGUCUCUUUUCAAUUUCACCACCACCAUCAUCACCGAUUGAUUCACGAAAGUGCACAGUCAUCAAUCACGCUUUCAGUACACCACUUGCGAUUUCCGCCGCCGCCGCCAUGUCAGCCGGGAUGACGACUUCUAGUGAUAAUGACAAAACCAUUCCGGCGCAUGUUGUUGGAAACUGGUAUUCCGUGCCGGAGCUCCGGCUUCGUGACCACCGUUUCUCAGUUCCCCUCGACUAUUCUCGCAGCAGUAGUACUAAUCCAAAGAUCUCCAUUUUCGCUCGCGAGGUCGUCUCUGUUGGGAAAGAAGAUCAGUCCCUACCGUACCUACUCUACUUGCAGGGUGGACCAGGGUUUGAAUGUCCGCGACCUACCGAAGCUAGUGGAUGGAUUGGUAAAGCCUGUGAAGAAUUUCGUGUAAUUUUGAUGGAUCAGCGAGGAACAGGUUUGUCUACACCCUUGACACCAUCAUCUUUGUCCCAAUUCAAAUCUGCUGAGGAACAAGCAAACUACCUAUGCCAUUUUCGAGCUGACAACAUAGUUCAAGAUGCUGAGUUUAUCCGGAAAUGCAUUGUUCCUGAUGGUGGACCAUGGACUGUUUUGGGACAGAGCUAUGGAGGCUUUUGCAUCGUGACUUAUUUGAGUUUUGCUCCACAAGGACUAAAACAAGUUCUUAUAACUGGUGGUAUUCCUCCAAUCAGCCCUGGAUGCUCUGCAGAGUUUGUAUAUAGAGCAUGCUUUGAGCAGCUUGUUCAUCAGAAUAAAAAGUACUAUGAGAGGUUUCCUCAGGAUGCCGAAGUUGUUCGUGACAUUGUCAAUUAUUUGGCCGAAUCUGAAGGUGGCGGGGUGGCUUUACCGUCUGGUGGCAUUUUAACUCCCCGAGGAUUACAACUUCUUGGUUUGACGGCUUUGGGAUCAAGCACUGGUUUUGAACGCUUGCACUAUAUGUUGGAGAGGGCGUGGGAUCCAGUUUUAGUUCCUGCAGCUCAGAGGAAAAUUAGUCACUACUUUCUGAAUGAUUAUGAAAGUUGGUUGUCUUUUGACACAAACCCUUUGUAUGCCCUUCUGCACGAGUCCAUAUAUUGCCAGGGUGCUGCAUCACGUUGGGCUGCCCAAAGAAUAAGGGCUGAACACGAAAAUAAUUUUGACGCCAUUAAGGCAGCCAAAGAAGGUCGCCCGGUACUCUUUACUGGAGAGAUGAUUUUUCCAUGGAUGUUUGAUGAAAUACAUGCUUUGAGGCACUUGAAAGAUGCCGCCCAUUUACUAGCGGAGAAGGAAGACUGGCCGCCAUUGUACGACCUCAACUCUCUGAAAAAUAACAAGGUUCCCGCUGCGGCUACUGCAUACUAUGAAGACUUGUAUGUUAACUUUAAGUUGGCCAUGGAAACAGCCUCUCAGAUUGCAGGCAUUAGGCUGUGGAUAACUAAUGAAUACAUGCACUCAGGUCUGAGAGACGGAGGCGGCGUUGUCUUGGAUCAUCUGUUUGGGUUGCUAAAUGGAAAGAAGCCUCUGUUUUGA